AUGGAAAAUGCGCCGCAAGAGCGAGUAAAGCCUAUCGGAAGCUGUGGUUACAAAAAGAGCUUUAAGUCAUCAAAACCUCAUAAAAGAAUUUGGCGUCGAGGGGGGUGGGCCGGGUGGAGGGGGGCGACUCCUGCGCAGGCCGACUGCCAAAAAUCUAGUCAAACUGGCUCGUAUAGUGCAACGCACUGCGCGACGAAUGCGUGCGGAACAGGGAUGACAAAAUCCCCGGAAGAUGGUGACACUGGUGGAGAAUCUCCUUCGGGUAACGGGUCAGUCUUCACCAUGACCCUCAAAAAUAAUCAUCUUAUAGUGGAGACUGAAGAAAGAAAUGACAUCACCAAGAACGGGCGAGCAACGAAAAUGAAGUACUCUCCAGACAACGAUGGAAUCUUCGUCGUCGAAGUUCAGCAGUCGAACUCAUAUCGGCCAAAUAAAGCUCUACCGAAUUGCCACACCCCCGACCCUCAAAUAUCCACUAACCAAGCCUUAAUCCAUCGAGUACCAGACGAAUUAGACAAGCGUAUUAUAGAAGAAGACAGUGAACGAAGCAGCGAAAAAUUCGAAAGACAAGCAUUAGCUCUUUCCAGUACUGGAUUAUCUAUUUCUGAUCUUAGUAUGUCAUCAAUUGGAUCACAUAACGUAAGCUAUUCAUAUGGAAGUCAAGUCGGUUAUGAGCAUGGACCUUUUGGAUACCCUAUUUACCCCGGUUACGAUGUAUCCAAAGACGAUACCACCGAGAGUUUGAUCCACGAUAAUUCACAAGAACCACUUAUAGGUAAAACACCAACCGACCCUGACAAGCCCGUAGUAACAGCAGCAAUUUUUAAACAAGACUCCGUUAUAAGCAAUGAUGUUUUGCAAGGACCUGGGUACUGCAUUGAAGGAUCUUCAGACGGGCCUUUGCUGUCUGAUGUGCAAGCGAGAGAGAAAAGUCUCCAUAAGAUUCACGAUAAGAGAGAAAAGAGAAUAGAAAAUGGUGUGGCAGUAGCUAUGGCUGACAAAAAUGAUAGUACAAAAGUCACAAAUGGGCAAGGACCUAUAAAAGGCGAUUGUAUUGCGACAGAAAAAGGAGUCUUGCCAGUCAUAAGAACGGAGAUGUAUGAAACUGUCAAGGAAGCGAUACAGGGAUCGCCAAAGUUUGAGAGGUUGAACAAUGAAAUAUCACCAGGUGAGGGUUGCUAUGACAACCCACCCAUGAUCACAAUUACCGAAGAAAUUGAAACGAAAUCAGAUGAUAAUAGUUAA